AUGUCGAAGUCGGCUCCACUUGUUAGUCUCAAUAUUCACAAGCACUUCCCUACUAGUGCCUCAACCCCAACACAUUCUCGCUGCCAUCGCUGCCAUAUUUCGCAUGCGGCUCACCAUCAGUGUCUCCCAGCCCUGGUGAAAACGGAUAUUCACGACCGCGAUCUCUCAGAAUUGUACGAUGUCGCUGAUGCUAUGGGCUCUGUGACCAUCGAAGACACGGACGACCUCGAAGCUAACUUGCUUAUGGAACUCGCGAGAGCCAGACGAGAGAUACUCAGAGCCGAGAAAUCACUGGCUGAUUGUAUGGUCCGCGAGCAUGAAGUUCUGGCAGAUUUAUCGAAGUUCAAAUCCAGCAUAUCCGAGCGCAGACUUGAUAUGGCAGACAUUGGAUUGGGGCGCAUGCGGGUCGCCUUUAGAAACCAUGGUCUUUUCCACAACGCGCUUCCUCAUCAUGCUCUACACAGUUCUCCCGUUGAGUCGCAGGCUACUGGUCAAAACAUCACUAUCCAGUUGGAUUGA